AUGGGCCGCGGCGGGGCCGUGGCGCUGCUCUGGCUGGCGGCCGCGCUGUGCCAGCUGGGCACGGGCAGCGCCCUCCGCCGCCGGCCGCACGCCGCCGGGGUCCCGCAGCGGCGGCUGAGCGGCGGCGAGCGGCGGGACGUGCAGCGGGAGAUCCUGGCCGUGCUGGGGCUGCCCGGCCGGCCCCGGCCCCGCGUCCCCGCCCGCGCCCCCGCCGCCGCCGCGCCGCUCUUCAUGCUCGAUCUGUACCACGCCGUGGCCGGCGAGGAGGAGGAGGAGGAGGGUGAGGAAGCGGCGGUGUCGCGGCCGGUGCUCACCGGGCUCAGCACGCAGAGCCCCCCGCCCGGCAGCGUCGUCAGCCGCGCUGACACCGUGGUCAGCCUCGUUAAUAUGGUGGAGCAGGACAGGGACCUUUUGUCGCCCAAGCCCUACUGGAAGGAGUUCAGGUUCGACCUGACGCAGGUGCCGGCGGGAGAGGCCGUGACGGCCGCCGAGUUCCGAAUUUACAAAUCCCGGGGUGCCGUCCCCAGGCACGGCAACAGCAGCCUGCACGUCAGCAUCUACGAGGUGGCUGCCCAGCAUUCCAACAGGGAAUCCGACCUGUUCCUGCUGGAUGUGCAGGACCUGCGCGCUGGGACGGAGGGCUGGCUGGUGUUUGAUGUCACAGCUGCCAGCAGCCACUGGGCAGUGGAGCAGAAAUACACCCUGGGGCUGCGGCUCUACGUGGAGACGGAUGAUGGGCACAGCGUGGAUCCGGGCUCUGCCGGGCUCCUGGGGCGAAGGGGACCCCGCUCCAAGCAGCCCUUCAUGGUGACAUUCUUCCGGGCCAGCCCCAGCCCCUCCCGUGUCACACGAGCAGCCAAACCCGCCAGGAGGAGACAGCACAAGAAAUCCAACGACCUCCCGCACCCAAACAAGCUCCCAGGAAUUUUUGAUGAUGUGCACCCCACGGAUGGGCGGCAGGUCUGCCGGCGCCACGAGCUCUACGUCAGCUUCCAGGACCUUGGCUGGCUGGACUGGGUGAUUGCUCCACAGGGAUACUCAGCCUACUACUGCGAGGGGGAGUGCGCAUUCCCGCUGGACUCGUGCAUGAACGCCACCAACCACGCCAUCCUGCAGUCCCUGGUCCACCUGAUGAAGCCUGAGGCCGUGCCCAAGGCGUGCUGUGCCCCCACCAAGCUCAGUGCCACCUCUGUCCUCUACUACGACAGCAACAACAACGUCAUCCUCAAAAAGCACAGGAACAUGGUGGUGAAAUCCUGCGGCUGCCACUGAUGGACAGGUCCCAUCCCUGCCCCUGGAUGUCCCUUUCCCAUCUCUGAGUGUCCCAUUCCCAUCUCUGAGUGUCCCAUUCCCACUCCUGAGUGUCCCAUUCCCACUCCUGAGUGUCCCAUUCCCUUCCCUGAGUGUCCCAUUCCCAUUCUUGAGUGUCUCAAUCCCAUUCCUGAGUGUCCCAUCCCCACCCUGGAUGUCCCAUUCCCACCCCUGAGUGUCUCAUUCCCAUUCCUGGAUAUUCCAUUCCCACUCCUGAGUGUCCCAUUCCCACCCCUGAGUGUCCCAUUGCCACUCCUGAGUGUCCCAUUCCCAUCUCUGGAUAUCCCAUUCCUGUCCAAGUGUCCAACUCCCAUGCCUGGAUGUCCCAUUCCCAUUCUUGAGUGUCUCAAUACCAUUCCUGAGUGUCCCAUCCCCACUCCUGAGUGUCCCAUUCCCAUCCCUGAAUGUCCCAUCCCCACCUCUGAGUGUCCCAUUCCCAUCCCUGAAUGUCCCAUCCCCACCCCUGAGUGUCCCAUCCCCACUCCUGAGUGUCCCAUCCCCACUCCUGAGUGUCCCAUCCCCAUCCCUGAAUGUCCCAUUCCCAUCCCUGAAUGUCCCAUCCCCACCUCUGAGUGUCCCAUCCCCA